GCGGGCCCGGCGCGGAUGGCGGGCGGCGCGGGCUGGGCGGGCGCCCCCGCGGCUCUGCUGCGCUCCGUGCGCCGCCUGCGCGAGGUGUUCGAGGUGUGCGGCCGCGACCCCGACGGCUUCCUGCGCGUGGAGCGCAUCGCGGCGCUCGGACUGCGCUUCGGCCGCGGCGAGGAGGUGGAAAAACUUGUGAAAUAUUUGGAUCCCAACGACCUGGGAAGAAUCAAUUUCAAGGACUUCUGCCGUGGGGUGUUCGCCAUGAAAGGGUGCGAGGAGCUGCUGAAGGACGUGCUGUCCAUGGAGAGUGCGGGGACACUGCCGUGCACACCUGAGAUCCCUGACUGCGUGGGGCAGGACAGCGAGGUUUCGGGCUCCACCUUUGCUGAUGGCGAGCUCAUCCCCAGGGAACCUGGCUUCUUUCCUGACGAUGAGGAGGACGACAACCAGGAAGCUAUGACACUGGCCCUGCCUGAGGGCCCUCAGGAGUCAGACAUGGACAGCCCGAUGGAGGGUGCCCAGAGCCUGGAGGGUUCUGUCGGGAGUCCCGGCGAGGAGAAGGAGCAGGGAAUCGGGGGCCUGUUUCUGCCAGAGGACAAGUCCUUGGGCCACACCCCAUCCAUGACGACCUCAGACCUUUCUACACACUCCACCGCCUCACUCAUCAGCAACGAGGAGCAGUUUGAAGACUAUGGCGAGGCGGAUGAUGUGGACUGUGCCCCCAACAGCCCCUGCCCUGAUGAUGAGACCAGGACCAACGUUUACUCAGACCUGGGCUCUUCAGUGUCUUCCAGUGCGGGACAGACCCCGAGGAAGAUGCGGCAUGCAUACAACAGCGAGUUGCUCGAUGUGUACUGCUCUCAGUGCUGCAAGAAGAUCAACCUGCUGAAUGAUUUGGAAGCCAGGCUGAAAAACCUGAAGGCCAACAGCCCCAACCGGAAGAUCUCUAGCACAGCUUUUGGACGGCAGCUGAUGCACAACAGCAACUUCAGCAGCAGUAACGGCAGCACAGAGGAUCUGUUCCGGGACAGCAUUGACUCCUGUGACAAUGACAUCACGGAAAAGGUGAGCUUCCUGGAAAAGAAGGUGACGGAGCUGGAGAAUGACAACCUGACCAACGGGGACCUAAAGAGCAAGCUGAAGCAGGAGAACACGCAGCUGGUACACAGAGUGCACGAGCUGGAGGAGAUGGUGAAGGACCAGGAGACCACUGCUGAGCAGGCGCUGGAGGAGGAAGCCCGGCGACACCGUGAGGCCUACAGCAAGCUGGAGCGGGAAAAGAGCACGGAGCUGGAGCUGCUCAACACCAGGGUGCAGCAAUUAGAGGAAGAAAAUACCGAGCUUAGAACAACUGUGUCACGACUCAAGGCCCAGACAGAGAAACUGGACGAGGAGCGACAGCGCAUGUCCGACCGGCUAGAGGACACCAGCCUUCGGCUCAAGGAUGAGAUGGACCUGUAUAAGCGCAUGAUGGACAAGCUCCGGCAGAAUCGCCUCGAGUUCCAGAAGGAGCGGGAGGCAACACAGGAGCUCAUCGAAGACCUGAGGAAGGAGCUAGAGCACCUGCAGAUGUACAAGUUGGACUGUGAGCGGACGGGCAGGGGCCGAAGCUCCUCCUCUAGCUUGGGAGAGUUUAAUGCCAGGGCCCGAGAGGUGGAGCUGGAGCAUGAGGUCAAGCGACUAAAGCAGGAGAAUCACAAGUUACGGGAUCAGAAUGAUGACCUGAAUGGACAGAUCUUGAGCCUCAGCCUCUAUGAAGCAAAGAACCUCUUUGCUACCCAGACCAAAGCCCAGUCUCUGGCUGCAGAAAUAGACACAGCCUCUCGAGACGAGCUCAUGGAAGCCCUAAAGGAACAGGAGGAGAUCAACUUCCGGCUGAGGCAGUACAUGGACAAGAUUAUCCUGGCCAUCCUGGACCAUAAUCCCUCCAUCCUGGAGAUCAAACACUGAGCCAGGCUACCUGCAGAGCAGCCUCAGGACCCUGGGACCCAGGGGCAGGCCUGCUCAGGGACACAGGCCAGCUCCACACUCACAUUCACACUAUAAAUGUACCUCUGGCUGCCAUGCAUACCGUGUGCUGUUGUACGCGUGGAGGGGCCCUGAGCACACGCAUGGUAGGGUGAGCAUGGGGCCGUGGUUAUGAGUGACCCCUGCACAGCGAACUGUGCCUGCACUUUGUGGGCCUUUUGCAGUGGGCAGAGGGCCCUGGAAGCGUGAGGGGGCAAGAUGUGCUCUCAGGAGUUACUGUAAUAAUGAGAACUGGAAGCGCGUGUUUCAGAUACUGGAUAAAAUGACUCUACCUCUGGGGAUGAGGAGGAGGAAAUACCCUAGGGAGAGGGCUCUUACCCCGCCUGACCUGCUGGGAAUAGGAGCAAGAUGGUGAGCUUUCCAGGAGUGACAUUGUCCUUGCCAGGCUCUCUGGUCACUUUUCACAUCUGGGUAUUGAGGCUUGGAGGGGAGGAAGAGGUGUGGGAGGAGCUUCUCCCCUGGGCGUGGCCCUGUGUGGCUGGGGUGCGUGGGGACCAGAGGUUCACUGGGCAGCUGCAUGGGCCGUUGUCUUCUGGUGAGGUUCUUAGCAUUUUUAAGUUCUCUGUGUCUGCUCCAUCCCUGCUUACCUACCUCCCAUUUCUGCUUUUGUUCUGUUUUUAAAACAGUGAAAUAUAGGCACCAUUCACUUGGGUAUUAAAUAAUCAAAAAGAAAGGAAGAGAUGGGGACAUGGAGGUGUGUGAGGCCAGUGCUUGAGAGAAGCAACCAAAGAAACGACUUCUGGGGAGGAGCCUGUUCCCUAGGCUGCGUCUUGAUGCGGGCCAAGGCCUGUCCCACCCAUCAUGGCUCCACAUGGCUUGCUGAGAGCAGUGCUUGGGCUGGGUCUCGGAGUCCAUGCUCUGGGUGCUCCUAGGAAGCACGACGUUCCUGUCCUCGCCCUGAGGAGCAGACCGGUGUCUGCUUCUGCCCCCUGGGAGCUCUUCUGCCUCAGGGAGAGGGAGGGGGAGGCGCACAGUUGACAGAGUUGCAGAGAAACCUUAGUCUUCCGACCUAUGGUGGGAAUUCACACCAUGGAUUUUUUUAAUGUGAUCUUUUAUUCUGGGGGCUUGGAGUAGAUACUGUACUUUCCUUUGAGUGUUCCAGUUUAUCUCCAUUUUGUAUAGCUCGUGAUUUGUUUCCUUAACCCAAGUUGGUAGAAACAACAUGUGGUUUUAUUUCUUCCCCCGUAGCUCCUUGUUUUCCUAAGCACAUCUAGUGUAAGAAGCAAGGCUGGGGUGAUGCCAGGAGGAGCAGGAAAUGUGUGUGCAGAGAAGGAAGGGCACGGAAGGUGGAAGAAAGGCUUGGGACUUGGCUGUGCUUCCCGCUUGACAGGGACAGGGCUGUGGCCAGGACCAAGCUUCAUUCCAUUGCCAUCGCCUUGCACGUUUGUUAGAUCUCUUUAUAAUUGUAUGUAUGGGGUUUGUUUCUUGCUUCAUAUAAGGGGUUGCACUGACUAUCGCCAUCUACACCCAGCAGUCUGGGUAACAGUUGGUCUCUGGGAGCCUCAGCUCUUGGCAUCCAGGUCGCCUUGGGCUCACCACGAGUCUGAGAAGACACAGGCCAAGACCCCCUGAGGAGUGGGUGUCUUGAGAACUUGCUAGUAGGCCAUGACUUCAGGGUAAAAGACAGUUGAUGGUGUUGGUCCGGGUUUGCUAGUAAAAGGUAUCCCUCAGAAGCCAGUGAAGUCAGGGUCCUGGCCUGUGAAGGGCUUAGUCUGGGGUUCAGUACUGUACACAUGUGUGCUCCUUAGCUGCAUUGGUGCAGGUUUCCAGAGAAGGCAGCGGAGGCCAGGGUCAGAGUCAAUAGGUGAAGGGGUCUGCCAAAGGAAAACCGGGCAGGCGGAAAGCUGUCGGCCUGCAAGGCCCUGCGGGCUCCUCCCUGUAGGGGGCGCCAGGAGAACUGAGUGUGCCAGGAAAUGCAGUCUGGAAGCCACCUAGCUGGAGACCAGUGCCGGAGAGGCCAGACGGCCUUUUAACUGAGGAAUUAAAUUCCACGAAGCCCACCUUCUUACUUCCUUCAACCAGGAUGUAUGUCUUACAAAAUCUCAUCAGUCAGCUUGUUUUUUAAGAUGAUCUUGUGUUUUUGAAAUGCACUGCUGGGCUUGAAAGUUGAGGCAGACAACUCAGGGUCUCAGGUCCCCAGCCCCUGGAGCAGGCUCCAAAACCAUGCUUGGUAAUUCAGAUUUAAACAACAAAUAACUUUUAACUUUUAGAAUAAAUAUGAUCCAUGCCGUACUUGGGACAUGUUGAAAAUAAGGUUUUAAAAACUUGAAUCUCCGGAUGUUCUGGUUUAAUCAGUGUAGGUGUGGCUUAGGCCUUGAAAAUUUUUAUGAGCACUCCAGCUGAUUCUAAUUCAUCUGAGUGUCUUCUCUGGGAGGUUUGGUAUUUCCUAUUUUUUAUUUGUUGCCAAACUUGACAACCCCAACAAAUAGGAAUUACCAGAAAUUUGCCUGAAGUUAGUGGGUGAUUUUCUGCAAUUGAGGAAAGUGGGGGUUUUUGUAGAAGAAGGUGCUUUUGAGCCAGGUGAAUAGCACAUGCCUGCAAUUCCAGCUACUCAGGAGGCUGAAGCAGGAGGAUGCAAGUUUGAGGCCAGCUUGGUCAACACAAGAUUCUGUCUCAAAAAACAGACCUAGAGAUACAGCUCAGUGGAUUUGCUGCCCAGUACCAGAAAGAAAAAAAAUGCACAUUUUACCUGACACUGAGCUGCCACUCUGUUUAGAACCUCUUGAAGCACCAUAUCCUGGAAGAGAAGUUUGCAGCCUUGGCUGUGCACAGGAGUCAUCUGAAGAGAUUUUCGAAAGUUCUGAUGACUGGGCUCCCACCCCCACCACACACACACACACACACACACACCCCACACACCUAUGGUCUGGAUUUAACUGAUGUGGGUGUGGCCCUGGCAUCUGGAACUGUACAGACCUCCCCAGUGAUGCUGAGGUAUAGCUCAAGGAGAGGCCCCUUUAUCCUGAAGGUCAUUGCCCAAACAGAGAGGAAAUGAGGCUUGCUGAGCCAGGGCUAGAAGAAAGCCAGUCCUCUGUGGGUACAGUCAGUGGUGGCUUUUUCCUGCAGUGAUGCUGUCGAAUGGUCUUUGCCCAGGAUAGGAGGCCAGGUGCCUUCAGGACUGGUGGAUCCUGCUGUUCUCAAAGCUGAAAGGUUAUUGAGCCUGAGUGGGUGGCAGGCUCUGCCUGAUGCCCCCAUAGUCCCAAGUGACACGUGUUUGGAUAUACUGACCAAGACUCACACCCCAGUGGGAUUAGAACAGUCAGCUGAGAGCUGUCCCCUGAAAGCAGUCUGGACCACAGCAGCCACCUACUUGUACCACAGAGCAGGAGGGGUCACUGGCCUUGUGGACUCUGCCCAUUUCCUGACAGCAGCUGAAGGAAGUUCCCGUUCUUUGCAGCCUGCUUGUGCCACAGAGGCUCCAGGUGCCAGUCCUCUGGCCAGUCUGAUCCUGGCCUAACAAGACUGACCCACUGAGGGGCUUAACAGCCAGCCAAAGCCUUGGGCAGGGCCUAGCAAAAGAAGGAGAAAUACGAUCCUCUUGUUGUGCUGUGUGUAUGAGACAUGAGCAGUGCCAACCCAAACUGUAGAUGUGACUGGAACAGGGCAGGCUUUUGGGCAGUUACCAUGUGAAGAUCCCCAGAGACCCUGCCGAGGGCCGAGGUGGAGUCCGGGUUGAGGAGGGGCCGUUUAGGUGCUGGUACUGGCCCCCUCCACAGUCUUGACUCCCAUGCUUCCUCUCUGGACCCAUGGUCCCCUCCCUAACGUGGCACUUACAGUUGGUAAGACUGAAGUGUGCCCCAUUAAAGGCCUCAAAUUAGAGGGGCAUGGAGCACUGAUCAUAGGGACCUCCCGGUCUGAUGCCCUAUUUACCCUACGUGCACUGGUGGAAGGCAGUAAGGACUGGAACCGUGGGCUUCUUCCUGGCAAGACAGCCCUGAGCCCCUCUGCCAUCCCCCAGUUGCUCACCGAAAGAGAACAGCUGUGUUCCAGAAGGGGUUCCUUCUCAGUGUGGAACCAGGUGGGGGUGUGCCGCUGUCCUUCCUGGGAACUGGGUUUCCCCCAUGACCUCACUGCCCCAGCCCUGUAGGCUCCCCCUUCUCUCCAUUGUGACUGUCACGUUGGGGUGUCAGCCCCAGCCAAGGACAGCAUCCCUGGCCACCUCCUGCAGGCCUAAGUGCUGAUAUCCCAGCGGUGACCCUGACUCCUUGUGGGGGCCGUUGCUUUGCUGUGCUGCGCAGGCUGUGAUUUUUGUCUGCAUGGUUUGGGGUCUUUGUCCGUGUGCCUUUCUCCCUUGUCACCACUGUACAGGAUUCUCCGCGUUACCCACUGCCCCAUUUUCUACGUUCUCCCCUUCCCUCCUCAGCCCUGGAAGUGUAACACACGUCUGCUUUGUAGCCUUGCGCCUCCGCCGUGUAAGGCCUUGCUCGAGGACACAUCCAUGAGUAUCAGCCCACCACUCCUUGGCUCACCCAGUCUUGUACAGAAUUUUUCCAUUGUCUUAAGCUCGAGGGUGCUUAGGCCCUUAGCCUGCAGAUAGUUUAGAAGCCUUGCUUCCCAGAAAAGGGUAACUUUGUGUAAAACAAUGUCUCUCACAAUCCUCUUCCUGUUUUGCUGUGGAUAUUUAUAGAGGGCAGAGUGCACUUUUAACCUGGGGCAGUGGCCCUGGUAGGGAUGUCAAGGUGCUGUGGCAGCUACAGUAUCCACUCUGCCUCCAGAGGAAGCCCUCCCUGGGGGGUGAAGGACCACAGCUCUGGAGUAUAGAACAGCUGUGGACCCCAGCGGGGCUGAAGGAAGAGGCUGCUACUCUCCCUGCCUGCUCUCAAUACCUGCCCAGCUGCCCUCGUCUGCCGAAGGUGCUCAGACCAGAGUGCCAUUAAUAAUACCGGACUGUGUCAGGACCUCGAUGGGAUGGUGCAUGAGAGAGGACUCGUCCCACUGGCUCCCCUCUGUCCAGCUCUUGUCACCCUGGGCAGGGUCUCCUGGGGCCCAGGGCAAAAACACUGCCCACAUGGCUUCACUGGUCAGGAGUUAGAUUGUUUUGACUCCAUGGUACUCAACUUGGGUGUUUUUGCCUCAGGAGCCCAUGUCUGGAAACAGUUCUGGGGCUAGAGAGGGACCUGCACUUUCAGGUCCUGGGGAGCAAAGUGUGGGUGAGGUCCCAAGGCUGAGUCCCAGGUCCUGAGCUCUUCGCCUGAAGCCUGCUUUCCUCCAGCUAGGAGCAGGCUCUCCACGGCAGGCACCUUCCAGGGAACUAAUGUACAGACAAGAUGUAAAUAAAUCAUUGGCUUUUCUUGCCUGA